AUGAUGCAUGUGGGGCUUAACCUGGUCUGUGGCCGGAAGCAUCCUAAGGAGACCUCCCAGUCGGUGUACCUGGCUAGGCUUCUCAUUGGGGCGCUCACCUUCGGGCCCCUCUGUGACUGGAUUGGCCGCAAGGCCACUAUCCUGGUGUAGCUGCUACUCUUUGCUAUCCUUGGCAUGGCCGCAGCCUUUGUGCCCGGCUUUGAGCUCUACAUGGCCCUGCGCUUUGCUGUGGCCACGGCCGUCAUUGGAUAUAACUUCAGCAGCGUCACCCUACUUGCAGAGUGGGUGGGGCCCUGGCAGAGAACUCGGGCUGUGGUCCUGGCCCAGUGCACCUUCUCCAUGGGGCAGAUGGCCCUCGCAGGACUCACCCAUGGCGUCCAGAGCUGGAGGCUCUUCCAGACGGCUGGCGCUGCACGUCUUCCGCUCUUCCUUUACUUCUGGGCUCUGCCGGAAACUGCACGGUGGCUCCCGACCCGGGGGAGGGUAGAGGAGGCUAAACAACCGAUCCAGAGGGUGGCCUCGGUCGACAAGCGAAAACUCUCCCCCGAGCUCCUGAGCCAGGCUGCACCUCCCUCCCGGAUGGUCCCAGAGAAGACCGGCCCCACGGGGAAUGCCCUGGAUCUGUUCCGACACCCCCAGCUCCGGAAGGUGACCCUGAUUCUCUUCUAUGUCUGGUUCGUGGACAGCCUGGAAUACUUCGGCCUGGGCCUCAAGGUGGGGGACUUUGGCCUGGAUAUCUACCUACAGUUAAUCUUCAGAGAAGUUGAGGUACCCACCCGCUACUCCAGCAUCUUCUUGAUGGAGCGGUUGGGCCUCAAGUGGAGCCAGUUGGGGACUCUGGUUCUGGGUGGCGUCAUGUGUAUCACCAUCAUCUUUGUCCCGGCAGUUCUACCCGUGGUGGGCACUGUGAUGGCCCUGGUGGGGAAGGUUGCCACGGCGGCCGGAUUUACCAUCUCCUACGUGUACUCUGCUGAGCUCUUCCCCACUGUCAUCAGGUAAGGACUGCAGACGGGCAUGGGGCUGGUGGGCAUCCUCAAGCCACUCGUGAUCCUGCUGGGUGAGUACCACACGGCCCUCCCUAUGCUCAUCUACGGCAGCCUCCCUAUCGGGGCUGGCUUACUCUGUGCCCUGCUGCCAGAGACACGUGGCCAGACCCUGAAGGACACCAUCGACGACCUGGAGCAGGAGUCCUGCCCACAGUGA